CCGUCAGUAGGUUGGCUGGUUAUUUUGCAAGCGGGAGGGGCCGUGCGCGCUCCUGCCUCCGGCUUCUGUCCCCCACCCCCCCUUCCCCGGUCCCGGUUUCUCCUUCGGAAAGAUGUCGGACACGGCAGUAGCUGACACUCGGCGCCUUAACUCGAAGCCGCAGGACCUGACCGACGCUUACGGGCCGCCAAGUAACUUCCUAGAGAUCGACAUCUUUAAUCCACAGACGGUGGGCGUGGGCCGGGCACGCUUCACCACCUAUGAGGUUCGCAUGCGGACAAAUCUACCUAUCUUCAAGCUGAAGGAGUCCUGUGUACGGCGGCGCUACAGUGACUUUGAGUGGCUAAAAAAUGAGCUGGAGCGAGAUAGUAAGAUUGUAGUACCACCACUACCUGGGAAAGCCUUAAAGCGGCAGCUCCCUUUUCGAGGAGACGAAGGGAUCUUUGAGGAGUCCUUUAUUGAAGAAAGGAGGCAGGGCCUCGAACAGUUUAUUAACAAAAUUGCUGGGCACCCACUGGCUCAGAACGAACGCUGCCUACACAUGUUCCUGCAGGAGGAGGCAAUUGAUAGGAACUACGUCCCUGGGAAGGUGCGCCAGUAGGAGCCCCUCUCACCACUUGCCCUCUACUUUCCUGCUGAAAUGACAUUGGUUUUUACACUAAGCCUCUCUCUCUCUUUGAUCUGAAGUUGGCUGCCCGUCCCCUGGCCUGAUAAGACUGUCUGGCAUUGUGUUCCUUGGUACCUGCCAUACCAUGGGCACUCUGCUAGGAUCCUCUUCUCUGAGGAGAGGUGGGAAACCACACAGGCAGAUGCCCUUUGCUUGGGGUUGGGGGGUGGGUGGGGGGAUUGGACUGGAAGGCAAUUUCUUGGGCAUUUACCCAUGCCAGAAGGCUGACCUUGUGGGGGGCGUGUCUUGUGCUGGUGAGGCACUUGGAUACAUACUGAUGCUGCAAGUCCAGGGGAUUUUUCUUACUCUUAGGUUUAACCAGGAAUGCCGAGCAGGGAAACAUCCUGCCUUUCCUACCUGCAUGAACUUUUUCCUUUUGGGGAAGGUGGCAGAGACUCAAAAGCUCUCCUUUGUUUUCUCCAGGCCUGAUCCCAGUUAUCGCAACAGUUUCCUUUGUUAUUUUCUCUCUCCCUUGUUGUUUUUCAUGGCAGUAGUGAUAGAGUCAAAGCAGUCAUUUGUGUGGCGCAAUGUGUUUGGGUUUUCUGGGCCCAUCAUGGCUGCUUCAGAGUCAGAAGAAAGCCAUAGGGCAGUAGGGGAGCUCCUGUUGCCUAGCCCCUCUCCUUUGUGGCUCUCCACUCUGGCUGCCUGUUCUUGCUCACCAGCAGGCGAGUCAUUACCAUAGGCUGAGUCAGCAGUUCUCCCUCCCCAAGCCCUUGCUACUUUAUGGGUUAGCUUUGCAGGUUUGGUGGCUUUGGGGCUGGGGGAAACUCACCACUGCCAGGUAACUCCCUGAAGGGUUGGAGUGGAUCAUUUUCCAGGUACCUCCCGGUGGUAGGGAAGGGCAUCAUCACUCUCUUCCUUCCAUUCUCCCUUCCCCCCAUUCCAUUUAGUGCUGCCACAGGGCAGAAACACAUGAACAAACCACACAGUCUCUGAUUUCUCCUAAGCACUUUGAGCUGUUAAAUGGGGCUUAGGGGCAAGAGUUGUCACUGCCCUCCCCAGCUUGGUCACAGGGUUAUUGAACUGCCUGCACUUGUUUCCCACGGAACUCCAGCAUUCUUCCUGGAAGUUGAGCUAGGGUUCGCAAGCUGGGUAUAGAUUUCUAAAUCUUAGAGUCUGAAGCAAUUUAUCAGGGCUGACGACUUUCCUGGGCUUCUGUCUGGGAGGUAGUGGUUUGUUUGCUGGGGCCCCAUAUCUAUCCCAAAUGGUGGCACGGGAGUAGGUUAACUCCGGUGUCAGGUCAAAAGUGGGGCUCUUUCCUUAGAAUCCCUAUCAUGGAAGGAUUGGAGUUCUUUAUAUAGGGUCUUGGGGGAAAAGGAUUACUGAUUCUGACAAGACCCUGAUCGGAGAGAUUAGGAUUGAAUUUUGACAUGGGAUUCAGAGGCCAUCUAAAUGUUGAAGUUCCCUGAGGCAGGUCAGCUUUCUAGCUGCUGGGCCUGUGCCAGGGGCUGAACAGCCCCUCGAGAAAGGCUCUGCUCCCUUUCCCACCUCCCCAAUGUUGGUGUUGUUGCUGCCUUUUUCAUUUGUAUCCUCUGUUACUUUUUUUUUUUUUAAAGAUUCCUUCUUUCAUUGUGCACAAGUGCUGAGAGCCUGAGGCCCCAUUUCUGCUGUGUAUAUAUCCUGACUUGGGGCUUUUAUUCAGCAAAAUGUUCAUUCUUCUGUCAGACAAUGUCAUAUUCAACUCUGUUCAUAUUAAACCACUGUGAAGCAA